UCUAAGUGGUUGAGCAGUCCAACAAGUCCCACAACAGCACAUACUCAGCCAUUUCUAACAGUUAGAUGUCAUAUGUGCAACUCUUGUAGCUCACCAGGUGUUGCUUCUUGCUCUUAGAUUCUGUGUUUCUUCCUCUGUGAGCAUUUUCAAGCAUUUAAGUACUAUGAAGUCACAAGUUAUUGGGGACAUACAAGGGACAAACUCAAAAUCUCAUUUCCUCUUCCACAUCUACCAUUUUUGCCUCUGUGAUAUUUGGCUCUUCCAGUUUAAUAGGUUUCUGUCUCUGGCAGGCUACAUGGAGGUUGGGAUAGUAAUCUCCAAAGGCUCUAUAAUUUUAGUGCUCUAUUAUUUCCAGAAUAAUUCUCAGGUGCCAUAUGUCUUCCAUUUCUCAUGUCUGGAAUGUUGCUGAGACCAACAUUGACAGUGAGUCCACAUCAACUCAGGGAAUUUCUGAAGAAAGAGAUGUGAUGAUAUCACAUGGGCUGCCACAGAGUGUUUCUCCGGAAAGUGACUUUCCAGAGACAUGUGAACCAGAGAAACACCAGGAAAUCCCCAUGGUGAAAAAUAUUAAAAGAAAGGAUGAGAGUAUCCUCUGUUCAAGGAAACGCUUCAGAUGUGAGGAGUGUGGGAGAUGCUUCACCUUUUUUUCUUACUAUGUUAGACACCAGAGAAUCCACACUGGGAAGAAACCCUUUGAGUGUAAUGAGUGUGGGAAAUCCUUUAAUGGCAAUUCUUCAUUAAUUCGGCACCAGAGAAUCCAUACUGGAGAAAAACCCUAUCAGUGUGAGGAAUGUGGGCGAGCCUUUAAUAAUAGUACAGAUCUGAUCAGGCAUCAGAGAAUCCACAGUGGAGACAGGCCCAGUGUCUGCCAGGAGUGUGGAAAUGGCUUCCGCAGUAGUUCUGAGUUGGUUAUACACCAGAGUAUCCACACUGGGGAGAAACUUUAUGAGUUUAAUGAGUGUGGAAAAUCUUUCACUGUUAAGUCAACACUAAGUAGGCAUCAGAGGAUCCACAGUGGAGAGAAACCAUAUGAGUGUCUCAAAUGUGGGAAAACCUUUGGAACUUCCUCCCAGCUACAUCAUCAUGCGUAUGUUCACCUUAGAGAGAGACCUGUCCUGGACGUCGGUUCCUUUGGUCUCCCAGCAUUUUUUACCCCCUUUUCAUGGUGAUUACCCGCCUGCUUUUUUUAUUUAUUUAUUUUUUGGAAAGCCACUCAGCUCUCACUCAGCAGUUGAUGUGGUAUGUAGGUGAGGCUCACUAACCCCUGCAGGGGUGCAACAUGUGGCCUAGUCUAACCCAUCUACA